GCCUCUUUGGCAGCUGGUCACAUGGUGAGGGUGGGGGUAAGGGGGCCGCUCUAGCUUGCGGGCUGUGUCUAUGGUCGGGCCCGUAGCGUCCAGCUGCACCGGACAGAGCUCGAGUGUAUGGCGCCUCAGGAUCUGGCUCCGGGGCCCCGAUAACGGGCCGCCCCCGCAGCUCCCGGCACGGAGUGAGGGUCUCCUCUGAUCUGAGAAUGGCCACUCCUCGAUAUGAGCCAGUGGCCGAGAUUGGUGUUGGUGCUUAUGGAACCGUGUACAAGGCCCGUGAUCCCCACAGUGGCCACUUUGUGGCCCUCAAGAGUGUGAGAGUCCCUAACGGAGGAGGUGCUAGCGGGGGCCUUCCCAUCAGCACAGUUCGUGAGGUGGCCUUACUGAGGCGGCUGGAGGCUUUUGAACAUCCUAAUGUUGUCCGGCUGAUGGAUGUCUGUGCCACUGCCCGAACUGACCGAGAGACCAAAGUGACCCUGGUGUUUGAGCAUGUGGACCAAGACCUAAGGACAUAUCUGGACAAGGCACCCCCACCAGGCUUGCCAGUGGAGACUAUCAAGGAUCUGAUGCGCCAGUUUCUAAGAGGCCUAGAUUUCCUCCAUGCCAACUGCAUUGUUCAUCGAGAUCUGAAGCCAGAGAACAUUCUGGUGACAAGUGGUGGGACAGUCAAGCUGGCUGACUUUGGCCUGGCCAGAAUCUACAGCUAUCAGAUGGCACUUACACCUGUGGUCAGUAGAAAGGUUGUUACACUCUGGUACCGUGCUCCGGAAGUUCUUCUGCAGUCUACGUACGCAACACCUGUGGACAUGUGGAGCGUUGGCUGUAUCUUCGCAGAGAUGUUUCGUCGCAAGCCUCUCUUCUGUGGAAACUCUGAAGCUGACCAGUUAGGCAAAAUCUUUGACCUGAUCGGGCUGCCCCCAGAGGAUGACUGGCCCCGAGAUGUGUCUCUGCCCCGAGGAGCCUUUUCCCCCAGAGGACCCCGUCCAGUGCAGUCAGUGGUACCUGAGUUGGAGGAGUCUGGAGCACAGCUGCUGCUGGAGAUGCUGACUUUUAACCCACACAAGCGAAUCUCUGCCUUCCGAGCCCUGCAGCACUCUUAUCUACAAAAGGCAGAAGGUAACCCAGAGUGAGUGGUGGAGUGGCUGCAACAGGACCAAGAGAAGAAAAGCCGUCGUCUCCCUUCCUUUGAACACUUAAGUGGAGAACCCUCCAACUGAGAAGGCGACCUCAGCUUCAUCUCUGAGGCUAUGGAAACUCCUCCCAGCUCUCCAGAGAGUAUUUUGCUGCCUUAAUGACAUUCCCCUCCCAUCCCAUCCCUCCUUUUGAAGCUUAUCCUUCCCCUGCCCCUCCCCCCCCCCCGAUUUCCAUACACCAAGGGGUAUCUUCCUUGUUUUCCCCCUUCCUAUCUUGAUAUUGGGAUCUUUUUUUAUACAGAAAAAACAAAACAAAACAAAGAAAUACGGUC